CUUUCGUUUCACACACAUUACGGUUUACUUGGUUUACGGUUUCUUCCAGAAACUCCCAAUGAUACAGUUUGAAGUUAAAAGCGCCCGCUUGGAUAGUAGAGACUAGAAACAGACCAUUUAUUUGAAGUUUAACAGCCACAGAAGUUUCAAAUCAGUCCGGGUCUGAUCCCGUCGUCAAGGAGUCCUGGCGUACUGGAAUCGUAACUGGAAGAUCCAUCUUCUGCCAGUAUUCUUAACAAGACAUGGCUUAUCGGGAACAGAAGAUACUGUUACGAGUGCAGUCUCCCGAUGGAACCAAACGAAUCGAAGUUCCAGAACUGUCCAACUCGGAGUUCCUUCUUCGCUUGGUUGGGGAAGCGUUCGGUUUGCCCGGAAGUGGUUCCACAUGGCGCCUGUUUCGAGAUCGCGCGAAAACUCCUCAGUCGCAGAUCUUCAUGGGUCGCCAAAUGCUUCAGCAGCUGGGCUUACGGCAAGGCGACAUGCUGUACCUGGAUUUUCUUCCCGAUGCCAAGAUGGAUGUGAGCAGUGGACUGUCGCCGUUAGAAAUUGCCCGUCAGCGAACGGGUUCUAGUUUCUCUUCAGCCUUGGGAGUAUCGCCACUGACGAAGGACCGCCUCAUUAGUGAAGCGGGUAGUCCGCGUUCGUCGGAGAGCGCGCCGACAGCGGAUAUUGUGGAGGACGAAGUGGAUCAGUUGCUCUGGCAGCAGAGCGGUGCCAUUGAACGACCAAAAGACGAGCGCAUGUGCAAGCACGGAGCGAGUGGCAAGUGCAUUUAUUGUAUUCCCAUUGAGCCGUUUGAUGAGGAGUAUCUCCAGAGUCGAAAUCCACCCAUUAAGCACAUGUCUUUCCAUGCCUAUCUAAGGAAAUUAACCAGUGGAGCUACCAAGGGAAAGUUUGCGGCUUUGAGUGAAGUCUCCUGUCGAAUUAAGCCAGGUUGUCCGAGCCAUUUACCUUGGCCAGAAGGAAUUUGUACUAAAUGCCAGCCCAGUGCUUUGACGUUGAAUCGUCAGCGAUACCGUCAUGUCGAUAGUAUUAUGUUCGAAAACGCGGAAUUAGUGGAGAGAUUUUUGGAUUAUUGGCGGCGAACUGGACUGCAACGUGUUGGAAUCCUGUAUGGAAAAUAUGAACAGCAUAAGGAUGUGCCUUUAGGAAUUCGAGCCACGGUGGCUGCUGUUUACGAACCACCUCAGUUGAAUUCGGAAAACAGUUUAGAACUUCAGGAGGAUCCCAAUGGGGAAGUUAUAGAUUGCGUGGCUGGAAAGAUGGGGUUGCGCCGUGUUGGCUGGAUUUUUACGGAUUUGGUGGCGGAAGAUGUGCGCGCCGGAACAGUGAAAUUCUUGAGAAAUAAGGAUACUUAUUUCUUAACCGCAGAAGAAUGCAUUACCGCCGGAACAUUACAGUGCCAGAAUCCCAACCCCUGUAAGCUGUCUCCAACUGGACAAUUUGGAUCCAAGUUCGUCACAGUUGUCGUAACAGGUGAUAAUACGAAUCAUAUCCAUUUCGAGGGCUACCAGGUGUCGGAGCAGUGUAUGUCUCUCGUGCGGGAUAACUGUCUCGUGCCCACGUAUGAUGCGCCGGAAUUAGCCUAUGUGAAAGAAUCUACUAGUCAACAGUAUGUCCCGGAUGUGUUUUAUAAGGAGAAGGACAAUUACGGCAAUGAGGUGACACGCUUGGCACGCCCGCUGCCUGUUGAGUACCUGAUCGUGGAUCUACCCGUUUCCAUGCCUAAGGAACCCAAAUAUACCUUCAAGUUGAAUGAUGGGAAGACGCCAUUUCCCGUCGAAAAUCGCCUUGAUCAGAAACAGGACUUCGCCACGUUGAUCAGAUAUGCAUCUCAGUUCCGUUCGUUCUUGGAUGUGAUUUCCGACUUCCAUGUGUUACUUUUUAUGGCUACCACGGAGGACAUUACGCUGCAGGAUGAUGAAUUAGAGAUUCUGGCUGCUGCUGUGAUAAAUAAGGAUGCUUCAGUUGCGAAUGAUUGGGCCGCCGGAAGUGCAUAUUGGCAGGCGGUUCAGCGUUUCGUUGUUACUCCAGGACAAGAAGCUGCUGGACCUUCGUCGCAGUAUAAUGGAACGACAUCGAAUGGUGAAUGGAUGUGCAGACACUGUACCUUUCUCAACAGCGGAACUGGCGGCACGUGUGAGAUGUGUGGACUUCCGCAGUGAUGAUCGGUGCUUAAAAUACAGAUGCCUUAUAAUGUGUCUUGUCUUCUAUAAUAGUAUCCUGGAAUCUUUAUGCUAGUUCUUUGUAUUUUGAUACUUUCUGAAUUAGAUUUAUCUUUGUAAAAUAUAACUACCUCCGUGGAGGUUUAUGUUCAUGGUUUGAUUUUGCUUGCGAUUUCAAGAAGAUAGAUGAUGCGUUGAAGAA